AUGCUACACGACAUUCUCCGGACGCUUGAUCAGACACGGCGCGGGCAGCUGUCUGAAUUCCAUGGCCUUGAGAAUGACGGGACGGUAGAAGAAUGGAAUGAGGAAUGGAAGGCCGUGGCGAAUGAGGUUGGGGGAUCUGAGAAACUGGAAUCUCUUGUCGAGAUUGGUCUUGCAGCCGUCCGGGUCAGAGUCGGGAAUGACCAUCUGCAAGGCUUUGAAGGACAGACCGCAGAGCUGUCCGGUUUUCGCUUGUCUCAAGACCUGGUCAUCACCUGUGCUCAUUUCACAGACUGGAGUCUCCCAGGGAACAAGGUCGAAUUCUACUUGAAUGGCCAGAAUGGCAUUUACGAAGCGAUACAAGCAAGGAAGUCUAAAGCAGUUGGUCGCAAAGGUCACUUGACACUCCGCCUCUGGGCCAUCCACGAAGCAUGGGACAUUGCUGUUUUUCGAGUCACAGGCUGGCCCGAGAACAACAGCCAGCUGUCCGUUCUCACGAAAGAGGAUAUCUCUUCGGUUGCCCCGGAGGAAUGGGCCCAGUUGAAAGCCGGUUCAACGGGGCGAUUCUGGUCAAUCGGCUAUAACCUUGCUGUCAACAUGGAUCAGUUACGCGAACAUUUCGCAAAUUUUUUCUCGAGACUUCAGCAGGACGAGAAGGCGGAGAUCAGCCAACGCUAUGAGUUCAACGAUGCCAAACCACCCAGGAGUGAAUUUCUUCAAGCGAACAGACGGACUGUCAGCUUUGGUACGAAGAUAGGAAUCCUAUCCUAUGCGAAAGAACACCGGGCGUGCGUUGAAUUGAGUGCAUGGUACGGACGAUCAGGCUCAAUGGUUUGCGCUGAGAAAGAUGGAAGGUCGGUCGUCAUCGGCAUUGUCCAAGGAGGCGAGCAGACCUCUGACUGCAACUUGAUCUUGUUGUUCAAUACGAACAUGCAAGAAUGGUGGACUGCCGCCACUGAGCUGGGGAAUAGCGCAGGUGCGCAGGACAUCAGCGCCCGAAAUUGGAUCGGCAUGUUGGCUGUACGCGGUGCUAUGGACCCUUUGCGCCGUCGCACCUCCUUUGGUUCCGACGAAAAGAGUUUGAUGCGUCAACCCUCUGCCGAAGACAUCGAUGCUGCUCAUCAGCUUGUGUCGUCUGCACUGGGUGAACGUCAUGGUUCCCACCUGACCCAUGAAAAUAACGCGGGUGAUAUCGCCCUCCGCCGUCUUCCUCUGGGCCAAACCAGUCACAGACCAGAAUCCUCUGAAGCACCGCUAUCAUCCUCAGUCGAACACGCCGAGCAGAGAGGAGACAUUCCGGGUCUGGGUCAAGUCUGCAGCAAUUGCGGAACGACCAAGACCCCGUUAUGGCGACGGUCUCCCACCGGACACACCAUCUGUAAUGCUUGUGGGCUCUACCUGAAGACGCGCAACGCUCCCAGGCCCACAAACUUCAAGCGUCCAAACUCAGCCGCCCCUCCUGAAAGUCCUCGCCAGAGAAUUACGGCAUCUCCAACCGCUUCAACAGUAUCGGCAUCAGCACCAAGCCAGCCCUCGAGCGUUCCAUACCGAGCUCCAGAGCACAUCACUGGCUCGUGUCCAGGUAGGGGGGAGUGUAACGGAGCAGGCGGAGCCGAGGGCUGCGGAGGAUGUCCUGCGUACAACAACAGAGUCGCUAGAACUGCUAAUACGUCGGUGGUACCCGACUUACCAGCCGAAGACGGGAACGACUCGCAGAGUGAGGCUGGUUUGGGAACGAGCCCAAGCGCAACAAGUCCUGCCACUCAACAACAGCCAUCUCCCGGGAACGCAUCGUUGCUCGUUGCGUGCAAGAACUGUGGGACGACCGUAACCCCUCUAUGGCGUCGCGAUGAGCAAGGCCAUCCUAUCUGCAAUGCGUGCGGCUUGUAUCACAAAUUGCAUGGGUCACAUCGCCCAGUACAAAUGAAGAAGUCGACGAUCAAGAGGCGGAAACGAGUUGUACCGGCAUACCCCGAGGUUCUCAAACCAGCCACCACACCUUCUCAACACCACCCGUCGACUUCGCCAGAACCAGCUCUACCAGCAGAUGCCCGAGAGCCAAUCGCCAUCGACAACUCACCCGCGCCCAAGAGGAGACGACCCCCUCCUACAGUGGAUUACACCGGAUACGUUCCCCAAACCCACAUGGACGAAGCUCCGCAGGAUGCGAACGAAGACUAUGCCUCUCGACUUCAACGUGCAGCUAUUGCGGCAGGAGGCAUGCAACUUGACCCCGCACUGGUGGAGGCCGGUCGCCGACGUCAGGAACAGGAUGCCACAACAGCGCAGCCAUCCGAAGACAAUGAAAACGAGAUGAACGAGCGGGAUCGCGCGGUCUGGAGAGCAGAAAGAAGGGCGCAACUGAUGCGUGAAGCAGAAGUUAUGAGGGCGGCACUACGUGCAAAAGAACGCGAGAUUGAUGAUCUCACUUGA